AUGCGAGCGACCACACGUGCCGGUGGUGCGUACAUUCCGCCUCAUCGCUUAAGACAGAUGCAGCAGAAUGUUACUGAUAAAAGCAGUGAACAGUAUCAGCGCAUUACCUGGGAAGCCUUGAAGAAAUCCAUCAAUGGUCUCAUCAACAAGGUCAACAAUUCCAAUAUAAAGAUGAUCGUUCCGGAACUGUUUGGUGAAAAUCUCGUACGAGGACGUGGUCUUUAUUGUCGAAGUGUCACCAAAGCCCAAAGUGCCAGUUUGCCAUUUACCCCCGUUUACGCUGCUGUCACCGGUGUAAUCAACACCAAAUUGCCUGCCGUCGGUGCGUUAUUGUUAACACGAUUGGUCGUCCAAUUCCGUCGUGCCUUCCGUCGCAAUGAUAAGACUGUCUGCUUAGCCGUAUGUACAUUCAUUGCUCACUUAACUAACCAACUUGUGGCCCACGAAAUUUUGGCUCUGCAAAUGUUGGCGCUACUGUUAGAACGACCUACCGAUGACUCUGUAGAGAUUGCGGUAGGAUUUAUGCGCGAAGUGGGCGCUCACCUUGCCAACGUCUCGCCUAAACCGAACAAUGCGAUUUUUGAACGCUUCCGAGCAAUCUUGCACGAAGGUCAAAUUGACAAACGUAUUCAGUACAUGAUCGAAGUGUUAUUCCAAGUUCGCAAAGAUAAAUACAAAGACAACCAACCGGUGGUACCUGAACUCGACCUCGUAGAAGAAGACGAUCAGAUCACUCACUACAUCGGCCUUGAUGACGAAGAUUUGGAUGUGGAAGAAGGUUUGAAUAUUUUCAAAUACGACCCGAAUUACGAAGAAAACGAGGAAAAGUAUGCGGCUAUCAAGGCCGAGAUUUUGGGUGAAGAAUCGGAUGAAGAAUCCGGAAGCGGGGAAUCCGAGGAUGAAAGUGAAGAAAGCUCCAGCGAAGAAGAAGAGACGCAACAAAUGGAAAUCACUGAUGCUACCAAUGCGGACGUCAUUGAACUUCGACGCCGAAUCUAUCUCACUGUCAUGUCUAGUGUCGACUUUGAAGAAUGCUGUCACAAGCUGAUGAAGCUCGAUAUUCGUGAAGGUCAAGAGAUUGAACUGUGCAACAUGAUUGUUGAAUGUUGUUCGCAAGAACGUACUUUUCUCAAGUUUUACGGUUUGAUGGCGGAGCGAUUCUGCAAAAUGAAUCGCGUUUGGGCGGAAAACUUUGUAGAAUGCUUCCGGGAAGUGUACGACACCAUUCAUCGCUACGAAACCAACCGUCUCCGAAAUAUUGCAAAGUUAUUUGGUCAUUUAUUCUAUUCGGAUUCUUUGGCAUGGACGUGCUUUUCCAUUAUUCAUCUGACCGAAGAAACCACCACAUCUGCCUCUCGUAUUUUCGUCAAGAUUUUAUUCCAGGAAAUCAGUGAAUCGCUCGGUCUGAAGAAAUUGAAAGAACGAAUGGGCGAUCCUUACAUGGCCGAGAGUUUUGCUGGCAUGUUUCCCAAAGACAAUCCCAAAGACACGCGAUUCGCCAUCAAUUACUGGACCAGUAUCGGUUUGGGCGCAUUAACAGAAGACCUUCGUGAAUGGCUACGAACCGCUCCACAACAAAUCAUGCGAACGCGACGUGGCAGUACAAGCAGUACCAGCGGUAGCGAAAGCAGCAGCAGCAGCAGCAGUGGUAGCUCAAGUGAUAGUGACAGCGACAGCGACAGUAGCAGCGGCAGUUCCAGUGGCAGCUCAUCGGAUAGCGACAGUGACAGCGACGCAAGCAGUCGUAGCCGUAGCCGUAGCCACAGACGCACCUAUAGAAGAGGUCGCAGCCGCAGCCGCAGUGUCAGUUCCGUGUCAAGCCGUAGCCGUAGCCCCAGCCGUAGUCCCAGCCGUAGUCCCAUUCGUCGUCGUUCCCGUUAUCGCAGCCCAUCUCGCGAACGUGGUCGCCCUCGUAAGAGAGAUCUUAGUGGCAGCCGCGAUCGUAGCUAUGACCGCAGUAGAAGGAGAAGAAGAUCGGACAGUUAUUAG